AUGUCCCAGGUCACAUUCGAAAAACUUUGUGAAGAACUGGCUCCUUUUGUUGAAAGAUGGGAUACAAAAUAUCGCAAAGUGAUAUCUGUUCGCGAGCGAGUUGCGAUAACAUUGUACAGGCUUGCAGACACGGCCAGUUAUAGGGCUGUGUCAAACCUCUUUGGUGUGGGCAAAUCAACAGUUUGUCCAAUCGUGCUGGAGGUAUGUAGUGCCAUUGUUGAAUUUUUAUUCAAGAGACUUAUUCACUUGUCCGUUACUCGCCAAGACAUUGAAACGGAAGUUGUGGCUUUCUUCAAGCGUGCGGGAUUUCCCCAGGUAGUGGGUGCACUCGAUGGAUGUCACGUUGCAAUUUUGGCACCGAAUGAAAACCCUGCAGAUUAUGUAAAUCGCAAAGGAUUUUAUUCAGUAAUCCUUCAAGGUUUGGUGAAUAUUGAUUAUCUUUUUAGAGAUGUGUAUGUUGGCUGGCCUGGAAAGGUUCAUGAUUCUCGUGUUUUUAAGAAUUCCCCUCUCUAG